AUGUUAAAAUCAUCAUCAUUUCCCAACAAAUUUGGUAAAACAACCAUUGACCUAAUUAAAAAAAGAUUAUAUUCAACAAAAGACUACACUUUGACAACUUUGGAUAAUGGGGUCAAAGUGGCUACAAAUAAUGUUCCGGGCCAUUUUUCUGCCCUGGGAUUGUACAUUAAAGCGGGCUCUAGAUUCGAAACACCUAAGUUAAAGGGAUGUACUCAUUUCAUGGACCGCUUGGCCUUUCAAUCGACAGAAAACAUUUCGGGUAGAGAAAUGACGGAGACUUUGGAGUUGUUGGGUGGAAAUUAUCAAUGUUCAUCUUCAAGAGAAACCAUGAUGUACCAAGCUUCUGUUUUUAAUAAUGAUUUAGAAGCAAUGUUCAAGCUAAUGGCUGAGACGGUUAGGUUCCCACGUAUUACAGAAGAAGAAGUCGAAGAACAAAAAAAAACCGCUUCUUAUGAAAUUGAUGAAGUUUGGAAUAAAUCUGAUUUAAUUUUGCCAGAAUUAUUACACAAUACAGCUUAUGGUGGUGAGACAUUGGGUUCCCCAUUAUUAUGUCCCCGUGAAUUAGUUCCAAAUGUUUCGAGGUAUUUACUCAAAGAUUAUAGAAACAAGUUUUAUAAUCCGGAAAACAUUACUGCCGCAUUUGUUAGUGUGGAUCAUGAAACAGCCAUUAAAUACACUGAAAAAUACUUUGGUGAUAUGAAAUCGCAUCAUCCAUAUGCUCAUAAAAUCAAACCAGCCCAUUACACAGGCGGCGAAACUUGUAUUCCACAAGGCCCAGUUUAUGGUGGCUUGCCAGAAUUAUAUCAUAUGUACAUUGGUUUUGAAGGCUUGCCUAUCAGCCACCCUGAUAUUUAUGCAGCUGCAACUUUGCAAAUAUUAUUGGGUGGAGGAGGCUCGUUUAGUGCCGGCGGUCCAGGUAAAGGUAUGUAUAGCAGGUUGUACACUCAUGUUUUGAACUUGUAUGGAUUUGUAGAAAAUUGCGUGGCAUUUAACCACGCUUACAGUGAUUCUGCUAUUUUCGGGAUAUCCUUGUCUUGUGUACCACAAGCUGCUCAUGUCAUGGGUGAGUUAUUGGCACAGCAGAUGGCAAACACGUUUUCCACCGGUAAAGAUAAAUUAACCAUGGAUGAGAUUAACAGGGCUAAGAAUCAAUUGAAAAGUUCAUUGCUGAUGAAUUUAGAAUCCAAAAUUGUGGAAUUAGAGGAUUUGGGUAGACAAAUAUCCUUAGAUGGUUAUAAAGUGCCUGUCCAGGAAAUGAUUAAUAAUAUCGAGAAGGUAACUCCUGAAGAUAUAAGAAGAGUCGCCGAAAUGAUUUUUACUGGCAAAGUUUCUAAUAGAGGCGAAGGCACUGGUAAAGCUACUGUUAUUAUGCAAGGUCCAAGAGAUAAAUUCGGUGAUGUUGAAACUGUUUUGAGAUAUUACGGUUUGGGGAACUAUCCGAAAUUAGAGGUACCAAAACAAAAAAAAAAUUGGUUUUGA